AUGAGUACCUUAAGCUGGAACUGCCGUGGCUUGGGCAAUCCACAGACGGUUCGUGAGGUAGUGAACCUUGUGUCCAAGAAGAAGCCCGAGUUUGUGUUCCUGCUGGACACGAAAGUUGAUAGGAGUCAUGUAGAGAGACUGCGUGUGAAGUUGGGAUGGGAAGGAUGUUUUUGCGUUGAUAGUUUGGGGUUGAAGGGCGAUCUGUGUUUACUUUGGGCCAAGAAUAAUAUUGCUCGUUUAAUUAGUUUCUCACGUAAUCAUAUUGAUCUGGUUGUGACGCUCCCCAAUAGACAUCAUUGGAGGCUUACGUGUUACUAUGGUUACCCGGAGAAUACGAGACGGCGAGAUGCCUGGAAUUUCCUAAAGUCACUUAAGGGGGCUUCUAAUUUACCCUGGGUGGUUUUGGGUGAUUUUAAUGAUUUACUAACUCAGGCUGAUAAGAGGGGUCAUUUGCCCCACCCGAAUGGAUUGAUUGAUGGAUUUAGGGAGGCUUUAGCAGUUUGUAUUUUAUCGACUAUGCCCAUGUUAGGCUACCCGUUUACUUGGGAGGGGGGCAGGGGUACAGUUGAUUGGGUGGAGGAAAGACUCGAUAGAGUGGUAACGGAUGUGGAGUGGCUAGCUGGGAAUGACAAGGCCAGAUUGUAUAAUAUCCAGACCUUAAAUUCGAACCAUUCUGCGUUAUUUCUGGAUAUCUACAGUACUCAUGGGGCUGUGCAGUUACGUAGCUUUCGGUUUGAAAAUGCUUGGUUACUGGAUGAUGGUUGUAGGGAGGUGGUGGUAGGGGAAUGGACCCAUUCUGCCGGACAGCAUUUACAGUAUCGGCAUGUGAGUUGUGGUCGUGGCCUUAAAAGGUGGGGGGCGAACAUUUUCAUAAGUAUGGCUCCAGGAUCGAAGCCUUGA